AUGACGAGUCAUCGAAACCCGGCCCACUCACUGAACUGGCAUCCCGACUGGUCUUCGGGUGGCGACCUCACACUCCUGUCAAGUGACGAGAUCGCCUUCUCCGUCCCCUCUCGUCCCAUCCUGGCAGUUUCCCCGGCACUAAGACCCGGCGCGGGUGGCCUGCUCCCCCUCCCUCUCUCCUUGCGACUGGUCCUCUACUUUCUCGACUUGGCACUGUACGGUCAACUCGACUUCCUAGGCCCAUCGGACAACUAUCUCACCGACGUCCUCUCCCUAGCGGGCUGGCUGGAUUCUCUCGGUGCAACGUCAUUGAUCAACCUUCUCCUAGUCUCCGGCAGGGCGCAGAGAUGGCCACUGGCCGUGGAGUUCCUCCUCGGCGCACGCCUCCGCCGCACAGAUCUCUGUCGCGAGGCACUGAACCGGUUCAACGACGACGGACGCUGGCGCGAUACCGUCUGGCAGCCUCCUGGCACUGUUUCGGACUUUGCGACGCUGUGUCCGCGUGCCCUACCGCUUGAUCUGUGGAGUAGCGUCGAUAGACGGUUCAUGUGGGCUUGGGUCGUGGCCGAUGUGCCCGAUACGCCGCCGAGUUUCGGCCUCGGCGACAAGUUUCUCGAGAUCUACCAGACUCCGUGA